UACCCAGAAGUGGCAGCUACCCAAACGCGGAUCCUCACUGCUGGGGUGUUGUGGCCAGGCGGGUUUGGCCUAUCUCCGGCGGCGCUAGUGUUGGGCUCGGGAGGUAGUGGAAAGGGAGGGCGGGGUGAAGUCUCUGUGGAGCCCUCAGGCUUCGCAAUGAAGAGGGUUUGGGGGUUCGGGGGGGAGAAAGGCCCGUCGCCCUUGGGCUCCGCUUCUGGCUUGCAGAGGCAGGGCAGGGGCGUUGGGCAGGAGAAUAAUAGAACUGACGACUUGCUGUUGGGUUACCACGUCCGAGACAGAGAUCUCAGAAAGAUCCACAAGGCUGCCUGCGUGGGCAACGUAGCGCAAGUGCAGCAGAUUCUGCUCUUGGGGGAAAAUGGCGUGGAUGAUAGAGACAAGAUGAACAGGACUGCUCUCCAUUUGGCCUGUGCCAAUGGCCAUCCAGAAGUGGUGACCCUCCUAGUAGAGAGGAAAUGCCAGCUUAACCUCUGUGAUCAUGAAAACAGGACAGCUCUCAUGAAGGCCGUACAGUGCCAGGAAGAGAAAUGUGUAAACAUACUAUUGGAAAAUGGUGCCGAUCCAAAUAUUAGGGAUGUGAGUGGCAACACUGCUCUCCACUAUGCGGCCUUUGGUGAUAAUAUAUCCAUAAUAGAGAAGCUGCUGCUAUACAAUGCGAAUACUGAAGCAAGAAAUAAGGAUAACUUCACACCACUUCUAGUUGCUGUAAAUGAAAACAAACAGCAAAUAGUGGAAGUUUUAGUAGAAAAGGCGGCAAAUAUACAUGCAGAGGAUAAAUUAAAAAGCAGUGACGAAAUAAUUUGCCACCAUAAAGAAGAAAUCAUGCUUAAAAAUUCUUUGCAAAAUAGCAAUCCAGGAACAGAUAAGAAUGCUGAGGAAGACUCUAUAACCAGCAGCACUGAGAUGAAGAUACAGAUCCUAGGACAGAUCAACUCAGAAUGUCAAAGGCUUUCCGACAAACCUGGUCUUGAUGAUUCAUGGCCUACAUCAGCUAGCCAAGACUUCGAUUUUGGUACCAAGGAAGGAACAGCAAAGUCAGCAAUGGAAGCAAAGCAAGAUGGUGUUGGUAUUAUUGAAAAUGUGCCACCAGAACUUAAUGACAGUUUGACUUCUGCUGGUGGAGUGCAUAAAAAUUACAGAAGCGAUAUGAUGUCAGCAUUAGAAUUGGGAGAAGAGGAAGAUGUAGAAUCACCUUCUCUUCCUGAGUAUCAAGUUCCAUUAAAGGUUGAAGAGAAAAAGAAGCACAGAGGAAGUGACAUGGAAGUAUCAGAAAACAUACAUGAUGCUGUGGCUGCUGGAUUAAUUCCACAAAGACAGAAUGGAAAAACUGAUAACCAUCAAUUGCCUAUUACAGAAAAAAAAGAUUCUGAUAGGAGUGAACCUGGUUUACAUAUGAAGAAGUUAAAGGAAGGUGAAAAUGAAAAAGGGACAUCAAAAGGAUCUGUGAUCACACCAGUGUUGAAGAAGGCCGAUUCCCUAACUGGUGGUCCACUACAAAAGAAUGAUGGCAGCCAUUUCAGUGAAAAGGAUCAGCAUGAAAGCAGGCCUGCAAAGAAAAUUUCUAAGAAGAAGAACAAGGUCAAAAAGCAAAUUACUUCUAUGGAUGACCUUGUCGACUUCAUUCAGUCAUCUGAAUCUGAAACAGCCUCAGAGGAUUGUGAGUUGCCUUACUCUAAGAAUUUCAUGUUGCUGAUUGAACAACUUGGCAUGGAUUGUAAAGAUUCUGCUGGCUUCUUAAAAAUCCAAAAUAUACUUGUUUCUUAUGAAAGAUUAAGGAAACUUAACAAAAAUCACUGUAAACGACUUACGGGAAAAAUUAAAAAAAUGGAAAAAACGGUUAGUGCACUACAAAACGAGCUACGAGAAGCCAAAGACGUGACAUCAUGGUUAGAGCAUCAAAAAGUGGAAUGGGAACAUGAAGUAUGCAGUUUGAGAUUUACUUUAAAACAAGAGGAAGAAAAAAGAAGAAAUGCUGAUAUGUUGUAUGAAAAAAUUAGGGAGAAGUUAAGAAGAAUAGAAGACCGAUAUCAGAAAGAAGUUGAAACAAAACAAGAAUUUGAACUCGCUCUUAGAACACAAAACAUGGAAUUGAAGGCCGCAAAACAUCAUUUGAAUCAGCUUUCUGAUAGUCGUGAGAAAAUACAAGAUCUGUUGCAUAAAAACCACAUGUUGCAGGAUGAAAUCGCCAUGCUAAGACUGGAAAGAGACACCAUAAAAAAUCAGAACCAGAGAAAGGAAACGAAAUAUUGUGAAGACAUUGAAAGUGUAAAGGAAAAGAAUGACAAUCUUCAAAAGACCAUAAAGCAGAAUGAGGAAACAUUAUCAAAAACAAUAUUCCGAUAUAGUGGACAGCUUAAUGUUCUGACUGCUGAGAUUACGAUGCUAAAGUCUAAACUGGAAAAUGAAAAACAAAAUAAAGAGAGCCUGGAAGCAGAAGUUGAAUCAUACCGUGCUAGACUGGCUAGUGCUGUACACAAUCAUGAUCAGAGUCAGACAUCAAGAAGAGACCUAGAACUUGCUUUCCAGAGAGCAAGAGAUGAAGAUGGUCACUUACAGGACCACAUGAAUUUUGAUGUGUCUAAACUACAAGAUAACGAUGAAGUUCUUUCUCGGCAACUUUCUCUAGAUGAAAGUAAAUUCAACGCCCUGGAAAUUGAGCUCCAUCACACAAAAGAUGCUCUCAGAGAAAAGACUUUAGUUUUAGAAUGUGUACAAAGGGACCUAAGCCAAACACAAUGCCAGAAGAUGGAAAUUGAACACAUGUAUCAGAAGGAACAAAGUAAAGUGAAUAACUACAUUGCAAAGCAGGAAUGCUUCGAGGAAAGGUUAUCUCAACUACAAAGUGAAAAUAUGUUGCUUAGACAGCAACUAGAUGCUGCUCACAACCAAGCUGACAGUGAAGAAAAGCUAGUGAUUAAUAUGCAAGACCAGUUUCAGAAUAUCCAAAUAAACCUUAAAGCUAAACGUGAAGAACAAGGUCUUAUGCUGGGAGAAAGAAAUACAGAGUUAAUCGAUGAAUGUAAACAUUUAAAAGAAAGAAUGUAUAAGUAUAAAAAUGAGAAUGCAAAAUUAGAAGUAGUUGUGAGAGAACUUCAACAAAAACUGGCUGAUACUCUGAAGAAAGAGUCUUUGUCACACGCUUCCCCGGAGGUUAUAUCACAUCUUCGUCUGGAAGAUGAGACACGGGAUCUCAAGAAGAAAUUAGGUCGAAUCAGAAGUCAAGCUGAUGUCCUUACAACAGAACUGGAAACUACAUCUUCAAAAUGUCUACACCUGGAUGCAAAAAAUCAAAUUCUUCAACAAGAGUUAUUAUCAAUGAAAGCUUUCGAAGAAGAACGUGAAAAACUAGAGAGCAAUAACAAGAAGUUACAACGAGAAGUAGUAAAAUUGAAACAUUUUAUAGAAAUGCAUAUGGUAGAACGCAGUCAAGUGGAACAGUAUAAACGGGAGAUUGAAGAAAGAGCACGACUGGACACAGUACAAAAAUUACACGAAGUCAACCUGUUUUUACAGGCACAAGCAGCAGCUCAAGAACAUGCUUCAACGAGAAGUCAAAUGGAACUUAGAAUUAAAGAUCUGGAAUCUCAAAUCUCUACAAUGAAGACGUCUCAAGAAGAUUCUACUAAAACAGAGUUGGAAACCUACAGGCAACUCUACCUAGAAGAAUUAAAAGUUAGAAAGUCCUUGAGAAAUGAGCUGAACAGGACUAAUGAGAGACUGUCAGAGAGCAAUACAAAACUUCUUCCGGAGAGACAGCAGCAUCAAACUUCACCCAGGACUCUUACUAUGAGCCUAGGCCUGGAAACACCUUAUUGUGGACAUUUUGAAAAUAAUUCAGUGCUCAAUGGAAACCUUACUCCAAGAAGAAACUUAGUGAUUCCUACCUUAAACCCACGGCCGUCAUAUGCCUACUGGGAGACUUCCUUGUGGAAGAUGCAGCGGGAGUUGGAGAAAGGAGUAACCAGAGCACCAGAAGAAGGUAUGUUGCCAAAAAUGUAUGAAGUUAGAUAUCAUUGAUUUCUGAAAUAAACU